GGGCAGAAUUAAGUUUUGUUUCACGUGGCAGAUUCUCCUUGCAACGAGAAAAACUGUUUCCACGGCCAUCGCAGUUGUAUAUGCCUUAAAAUACCCGAUAAAAUAAACAUUAUCGAUUCGAGGGUGAAACAGGCAGGGCCUCCUCGGCGGUUAGCCUGGGAAUGCAGCUGGGUGUGGGGUGGUAGGAGGGAGAUGAGGAUGUAGGAGGGGGAGUUUGGAAAUAGACGGUUAGUGCGUGUGUAUGUAACGUUCAAGUUCUGUGCGUCAAUACCGGUCGUUCUGGGACACUGUACAUCUGGUUUCAACUGUCCCAUCAUGGUCGUCGUAGGUUUCCCACGGAUGCACCCAUAAGACCUGACCCGACCUUAUGCCCGUGACAUCUUCCUGCUGUCUCUCCCACACGCCACCUGACCCAUCCCAAAAUCCUCCAUUACAUCUUCCACCCCUGCGCAUACUCAACGCCGUCCUUCCCAGAAACCUGCCAGAGGGAGUCUUACGCAAGAGACUCAAAUUGACAGGCUGAAAAAAAGGACCUCGUUCCUCACCUCAAGGAUGGAAAAGGACACCGAGACGCCCAAAUGCCGUGUGGCAGCGGUCAUUCCUGCCGCAGGAUGCGGUCAGAGGAUGGGAAACCCUACCCCCAAGCAAUACCUUGAGGUGUCGGGGCGUCCCUUGAUCCUCCACUGCCUGAAGGCGCUGACGGAGCAGCCCUGGAUAGAAAGGACUGUGGUUGUGGCGGACGACCGUGCCAAGAUGGCAGACAUCCUGCGGAAGGAGGGACUGUCUCGAGUUACGGUGGUAACGGGCACGGGCUCCAGACACCGCUCGAUCCGGGAGGGCGUGGAGGAGCUCUCCUCUGAUCCGCCGGAUGUCGUCGUGGUACACGACGGCGUUAGGCCUCUCCUACCUCCGGGGAUUCUCGCCCAGGUCGUCAAUGCAGCUGCGCAACACGGCGCAGCUGGGGCGGUCAGGCCCUUGGUAUCGACCGUGAUAAAACCGGACGCCGAGGGCUUUCUUCAGGAAUCCCUCGUCAGGAGUCAGUUCCUGAACUCUGAGAUGCCACAGGCCUUCAAGUACACGGUUCUCAGAGAGGCCUAUCAAAGGUGUAGUGAGCACGAGCUGGAACAUGGCACAGAGUGUUUGGCAUUGGCACUGCACUACUGCGAGGUCAAAGCGAAGCUGGUGACCGGCCCACCUCAGCUCUGGAAAGUGACUGAUGAAAAGGAUUUGGCAGUGGCUCGAACUCUGGUUCCCAGAUAUACGCGCCAAACUCUUGUCCUGUGUAGGUCGCUAAGUCCCACGGUGCCAUAUGAGGACGGAAUAGGCUUGGAGGGUGAAGAACUGGCGAAGGAUAAAGAUCCAACGAAAAGACCCACCAGUGCAGUAUCCCCCGAGUGUCAUCGAGGUGUUCAGAUGUUCAGCACACGGUCUGAAAGUGGUCACAGUCCGUCUGAACAUCAAAGAGAAACAGAUCUAAAUGAAGGGGAGCCGUCAGGAACCGCAACUGAUGAUCAAUUGCUCCCCUGUGAUCAAGGAUGUCACAGUGUUUACGAAAAGAUAAGGAAGAGUUUAGAGGACAAUAGCCACAGGGUUUUUGUGUCCAAUAACUUGAAAGCUUCCUGGCCGCCAGUUUGUUCUCUCAUAGUCAUCUCCAAUUUCAUCACUGUAGCGUCUUUCAAAGACUUUGCACGUUUCUUGUUCCGGUAUUUAAACCAAAGACUGGUAACCGUUAUACUAGUCCUAACACUAGACCCAGCACUUGAAGGCCUAACGUUAUCAGAAGUUUCUGAUCUCCAACAGUUUCUUAGGGAAGUUUCCAGUGAGAUUUCAACAAAGGUCACUUUACUUCUUAGAAAAACCAGAAACACAUUCUCAAAACAUCAGAAGCCUCAAACAUCUCACUCCAUCGAAAAGGGUACGAGUAACGAAUCCGCGGUCGAAUUGUCUUCCUUUGCAAAUCAUUAUGUAAUGAAAGACCAGAUUUUACCAUCUGGUAACUACGUAUUUGCAGAUGACGAAAUGACAGAGGAUUCUAAAAUACGCGAUUUGAUUGUAGCCAUACUGGAGCAGACUACUAGCUGCUUCCACGGUCAAGUUCUGUUGGCUGAUGAAGACUAGAAAAUACUUUGAAUAAAAAAGAAUUACCUUCGAAAUUGUGUUAAGGAAUAAUGCUUCUUGUACAUAAAUUAUGCAUUUCAUCUAAGAGGUAGUUGGCUCUUCCUGUCAUAUGUGUAAUCACAUCUCCGGCGUUUGAUAUUCUAAAAGAAAACAAAGCUGAUCAUGACUUUGGAGAAAGCAUAUUCUUGAGAAAAAUUAUUUUCAAAACACGAAUAUGGCUGAGUAGUUUACCCUCGAAGUACUUAACAAUAUACUUUUGACAGGUCUGAAUGUACUCAACAUUGAAGUUAUUCAGAAUUUGUUGACAAUAUUCGACAUUCCGUGUAAUCUGAAGGCUGGUUGCACUCAUUACCUCUUUUUUUAUAAAAAAUAUUGUAUGAUGAUUAUGCUAUGAAUAAAAAUCGAAAGAACA